ACGAGCCAAGCCUGUCAAUGAAUUCCUUUGCCGAUCACUCCUUUCAUUUCUUCAUUUCUUCCACACCGACACUGCAACUCUCAGCCAGCCAAUACAAUAACUCUCCGACGAGAGACCUGCCUAGCGAAGAGGCUUCCAAAGAUAAUCUGAUGCUCUUCAGAGACGGUCAAAGUGGCUGUGGAUACUUCGUACUGUUUAUGGGCCUUGAAGCCAAAAUUCGAGUGGAUAAGCACUCAUAUGACGCCGACCCCCACAUACCUACCCCUCCUAACCAAACACCUUGGAUUUAGCACCGUUCGAAUGACGCAGAGAUGAAGCACGCAAAAACCGACGUUCAAUGUCACCCGCCGCGAUAUCGGGCGGGUAGAGCCAUAGUAUGGUCGACCCCUGGCAUCCGACGAACGGUUCCCGUAUCCGAUGGCUGUUACUGCCUGCCAGCCUGGAUCACAGCAUGGCGUCUGUUUGUGUUGACCAUUCACAGUCGCACGCAGUUCCGUCGCCCAAGCAGUCAGUCAGGCUUAAGGUGUGCCUAGCACUUCGCCCGGUCCGGGGAUAACAGCCCCCGGGCAUGCUAUUCUCUCCGCUUUUGAGGUGCUUAGGUAGGUUUGGCUUUUUCUCGUUGAACCAUAAACUUCUUUUCCUCUUUCUACAUCUUGUUAACGGGCAAGAUGAGUAAUCCUCUUGUGGUUUUUGUCCAAAUACACUUAUAUUCUCCGCAAUUAUGUCCCGUUAUCUAAACGUACCUAGCAAACAGUCUGAGCAGAGGGAUGAUGACGGUGUCAUUGACAACCUUCCCAUGGAGGUGGUGGCCACUGGCAAGGUUAGGACUUCAUCGCCAUACUUGACAACAAACAUACAAGGUCUUCGAUCACGGUCUGUCAGUCCAAACCCGCAACGAGGAGCCUUAUCGUCCUCACCUUCACGCCGUGCUCCAGCUCCAGCCUCGCCAAGGUCCCCUACCCUUUCUCGAGAGAAGCAAAAGCAAAGUGCCUUCUCGAGGUCAUGUCAUGCAUUCUGGAAGAAGAAUAAGGGACCGAUAUUGGUGGUCUUUGCACAGUUGUUUGGUGCUCUCAUGAACGUUUCGGCAAGGCUACUCGAGUUAGAAGGAGAUGGAAUGCACCCUCUCCAGAUUCUCUUUGUGCGGAUGAGCGUCACCUCGAUACUCUCUUGCAUAUACAUGUACUGGAAGAACAUCCCCGAUUUUCCCAUGGGUCCCAGGAAUAUCAGAUCUCUGUUGCUUCUUAGAGGGUUCAGCGGAUUCUUUGGUAUCUAUGGCAUGUGGUAUUCCAUGAUGUACCUUCCCCUGGCCGAGGCAACAGUCAUCACCUUCCUCGCCCCCUGUGUAGCAGGCUACAUAUGCCACCUGCUGCUCAAGGACCCGUUCACUCGCAAAGAACAGAUCGCCUCGUUCAUAGCCCUCGGAGGAGUUGUCCUCAUCGCUAAACCCACUUCACUCUUCUCGUCUUCCACUGAUUCACCUCCGCCAUCGUCAGGGGAAGGUUCUCACCAUCCACCUGGAGACAAUGCAACACCUACCCAACGUCUUUUCGCCAUCUUGGUUGCCUUACUCGGCGUCCUUGGAGCAGCGGGGGCAUACAGUACCAUCCGCUGGAUAGGCAAACGGACACACCCGCUAAUCACGGUCAACUAUUUCUCUGUUUUUAGCACCAUCGUCAGCACCACUGCUUUACUUGUCUGCCCACUGCUGGAUAUCGGACAGCCAGCCAUCAGAUUUGGGUUUCCGUCGUCAGGUCAUCAGUGGUUUCUGUUGGGAAUCUUGGGUAUAUGCGGCUUCGGUUUGCAGUUUCUGUUGACGGCAGGGCUCGCAGGAGAAAAGAGCAACAGGGCGACGGCAAUGGUAUACACUCACAUGCUGUUUGCUGCUGGGUUUGACAGGUGGGUGUUUGGACAUACAAUGGGGCUGUGGAGUGUGAUGGGGUGUGCCUUGAUCUUGGGAGGGGCAAUGUGGGCGGCUCUGGGCAAGAAGAAGGUGGAAGGGGCGGGGUCCAAGGAGCAGGAUGUGGAAGGAGGCGGUGCCAAUAGUAGAGAAGAAAGGGUGCCGAUGUUGAAUGGAGAGGACACAAGCUCUGGGGACGAGGAGGGAUCUGUGGAAAUGGAUAGGUUGAGAAGUAGAUGA